AUGGGUGGUGGCCAGGGUAGAGCCACUCAAAGCGCGCCCUCUCCAGUGCUUCCGGUGCAUGGGGAGAGGGCACGUCAAAGAGCAAUGCAGCAGCCAGAGGCCGGCUUGCCGGCCAACCAUCGCGCUAGCGGCGAGAGCUGCCGCGCAAAAAAGGGCGGAAGGGCCGCCAAGAAGGGCGGCAGGCAGAUAGAGAAGAAGGGAGGAGCUAAGGGGGGUCUCGGGGAUGGCGUAGCCUCCCCCGGGCCUUCCCAAGGCAAGCAAGGAGAGGAGAAAGGAGGGGCCAAGGGGGGCUCCGGGGAUGGCCUUGCCACCCCCGGGCUCGCCCAAGGCCAAGUUAAGGAGGCGCCCAAACCCCAACGUAGAC